GGGUCAUUUCUACUGCUUUACCUUAAAGAAAGUCAAUUAAAAAAUACUUAAGUUAUCAUAAACCUAUAAAAAUCUAUUUGGUAAACCCAAAUCGUUCUGAAAUGGCGCAGUGACAUAUUAUUAGUUGUAAAUAUUCGACAGGAGUAAUAACCGGAACCGUUGAUAUAUAAUCAAAAGAUGGUGAUUAAUAAAAUAAGUCAAAUAAAUCAGAAUAAAAUUUUAAUUCGGUGCCAAAAUGGCUGAUAUUAGUUGUUGGACUAAAUUGUUUUGAGUUCUUUUAUCUCAGGUCGGUUUAAUCUGUAAAUCCUCUUGGUGUGACGCAUCACCAGCGAGACUUUCAUCUUUUAUUAUCAUUGAUAAAAAAAAUAUAUAGACAGAACCCUGACACCAUGAGAAUAGUCUUAAGCAAAUCAGAAAUCUCAAACUCACGCCACUUAUUUAGAUAUUUUUCAAAUACAUAUAGCCUAUUUUAUAUAUUGAAGAAAAACAUAUUUCAGCCAAUUCGCAAACUCUUUGCUUCAGCUGAAAUAUUAAACUCAUUAAGAAGAAUAUAAACAGAUAAAUGAAACACUUCCUCGUGAACCUCAUGUCUUGGAGUAAAUGCAUUCAUUUUUAUCAAUCACAGCCUCAUUUUUGAUCCAGCAGAUUCUGCCGCGUAAGUAAACGCUGGCUGACGGGCGCGCGGUUGUGCGCAUGUGCCGGCAGGCCUACUUAGCAGGCCUAUUGACAUUAAAGACAAGUGGGUUAUACAGAGCCUGGAAAUGGGGCCCGAUGAGGGGGGCAAGUCCGCCAGUGGUUCAUGGAGCCGAGAGCCAGCCCCACCACCUCUCUCUCUCUCUCUUCCUCUCUCUCUCUCUCUCAUGUAGCCAGGCGGACUCUACGGUCAGUCAGUCUCAGAGGGGUGACCCAGGAUCAGCCCAGCCUUCUCCCUCCUGGCUGACAGCUGACAGCUGACUGACGGAAAUGAGCCGUAGAGGAGAACAGGAGGAAGAGUCGAAGUGUGUUUUCCUGUGAAAAGGGGAGGAAAGGGUCUGUGGUAUUGCUUCGCGGAGAGGAGAAGACGAAGAACAACGAUGUCCUAACUAGGGAAGCUGUUUCAGCAGCAGAGAGCGGCCUGCAGGCCCGCAUCUCUCGGGCCUCUUAGUGUGUGUGCGUGUGUGUGUGUGCGUGUGUGUGUGUGUGUGUGUGUGUGUGUGUGUGUGCGCGUGCGAACGCGCGCGCGCGCGCGUGUGUGUGUUUGUUUGUUUUCGCGCCGGAGUGCGCGACAGUGAGCAGGACUAUGAGUCUGGUGUCAGGCUACCCUCACCACCCGAUCAUGCACCACCACGACAGCCACCACUAUUCGCUGCACGCGGCGGCGGCGGCCGGACGGUGCCACGAGGACACCGGGGCGCCUCCGUACUUCACGAGCUGGCUGAUCAGCCACGCGGACAUGUCGCCCACAGAGUACAGCCUCGCGCCGGGCUACAGCCCGGAGUACCACACCAACAGCGGGGGCGACUCCUCCGGCGGCCUGGACGCGCGCCACCACCACCACUACGGACCCGGGAACCAUCUGAUCCCUGGGCCCGGCAGCAUCUCUAUGAACGGAGCCACGGUUGGCAUGCACCACCACCACCACGCACACCCACGCACCAUAAAGCGGAGACCCACCGCAAAUCGCAAGGAGAGGCGGCGGACCCAAAGCAUCAAUUCGGCCUUCGCGGAGCUCAGGGAGUGCAUCCCCAACGUCCCGGCCGACACCAAGCUGUCCAAGAUCAAGACUCUGCGGCUGGCCACCAGCUACAUCUCCUACCUGAUGGACAUCCUGGACAAGGACGGCCAGCACGGAGACACGCAGGCGUUUAAAGCCGAGCUGAAAAAGACGGAGGCACGGGAGGAACGCAGGAAAAGAGAGGCGGUGGAGAUCCCUAAAGCAGCCUCCUCGUCUUCGUCCUCCUCAUCAGUAGGAGAUAAGAAGAGCAAAGGUCGGACAGGAUGGCCUCAGCAUGUCUGGGCUCUGGAACUCAAACAGUAGUGACCCCUCCACUCCCACUCCCACUCCUAAAUUUGACCCCCGGGUUUUUGAUGGACAGUGCAGCCGCCGUGCCUCUGCACACUCAGGCUCCCCACAGCGGCGGGGCUGGACUGGAUGGACGCUGCAGACGGUCGUCCUGCUGCUCGGCCACGGUCUCGGUUGGACCCCGGGAAGUAGAAGAAGUGACGUGUCCCCAGGAAGGAGCCUGGGUGUGGGCUGAAGUCCAUCUAGACAGGCACAGACGGAGUUAUGUCCCCUGGCACCUUUCUGAACAAACCGAACCAUCCCCACCCCAAACACACACACAUACACACCCCUUCACGUGCGUUUGUUUACCAAUGUGUCUGCGUAGUUGACCACACAAAUGGGGAAUUGUGUGUGUUUUAUUUAACGGAAUAUAUUUAUGUUUAAUGUGGCCAUUAAACGGGUCUCUGCAGGAACUCUCACUCAGAUGUAUGUGAACACAUCUCUCUCUCUCUCUCUCUCCUAUUGCAGUUUUAGGUUGUAAACGUAGUGCCGUCACGCCACUGACAAAGUGUCUGUGUUUUUAUGUGAAAACGUGCUGGGAGUCUAAAUAAUGCUUGUUGUGGGAUGUAAACAAUGUCGUGAAAAGAAUAAAAGCACGACUUGGUGAAAUAGUGGCUGAUUCAAACUGAGCUCAUCUCUGCCUCUCACUCAGCAGUAUCAGCGGUUUCUUAUGGUCACUCUGCAUCAUCUUGGUUUUAAUCUUUGCCACUUUUGAAAUAGUAUUUUAUGUAGAUUGAAUAAAAUGAUGUAAAAUAAUCACUAACAGACAGCAGAUGUGCUAAAACGUGUUACUGUUGAACAAAGUUGUUGAAUUUCCUUUUUUUUUGUGAAGGUCUAGUUCAGCCUCCUGAUGUGCAUCAGUUUUGUAGGGUUGAAGUUCUUGUAACAGAUCAGCUUUAACUUAAUGAGAAAUACCUGAGGCACACAUUAACAGAGGAAUUUAUGAAGGUGUUAUUUGUCCCAAGACUCUGUGUCAUUGUGAGUUACAGCUGAGUGUGUUGUCAGUUAGAGCACAGAUGUUCAUUGUGUGUCCUAAAAGAAAACAAAAUGAACUUAAUAAUUUCCCUGCGGCUAAAUGCUGAAUGUCAAAGUGACCCAGGUUUAAUAACCAUCACAUUCCCAAAUGUCAGAGUGAGUGAAUAACUGGACUAAUUGCAAACUUGUUUGGAAAAAAAAGGUUUAAAAAUCUGCAAAUUGGGUUCAAUUUUGUUUUUACCUGAGCUUGUUUACCUAAAAUCUGUUGGUUUUGUGCAAUUAUUUAGAUUCCAAAUUCAUCAUAGUGAAAUAAGGAUAAAAGUGUGAAAAAUACAUAAAAUGUAUCCUGUUGCAGAGGAAAGCAAAAAUCAAAAGCAUUUUUAAAAAAUUUAAAAAACAACCGAUUUUUGGGGGGAAUUUAAAGCUAUCAAAAUGUCAACAACAGUUGUUUUCACUUAAUGUUUGAUUCAUUGAGGCAGAAGUUUGGGUUUUCAUAUGCCAUGUGUGAAUGAAGCAGACAUGUGGUUACAGCAAAAUGGAAUAGAAAAAAAAAGAAACCCCUCUGAUUAAAACUACUUUCAAGAAUGCAGUGAGACCACAGUCUUGCUGCUCCACAGUGCCGUCAUUAUUGACCUGGUUGUGUUUCGCAUCUCUUGCUCUCACUCCAGAUGUUUACGUGAAACCUGGAAUUAUAAUGAGUUUGGAGGUUACCUAAGGCAAAUAAUAAUAAUAAUAAAAAUAGCAUUUAAACCAAAUACAAAAUUUAAAGGUUGUUGAGAAGCUUAAUGAGUGUCGAGCUCAGAAAAGAUUAAUCAGGCUAUGGAACCUAGGCUUCAUCAAAAAACGUGUUGCUCAUUAUUUGGGGCAUUAGGUUUUAUAAACAACAUCCUAGAAGGUAAUUAGCGGCAUAAUGAAGUUUAGUAGUUUUGUGUUUUUGUGUCUACAGAACACUGGAAAUCUUUAGAUAAUUUGGGACUUCCAUAAAUAUGGAUUUUGGUUAUUGUCAAUGAAUAAUUUAUUAUUUUGUAUUCACAACCUGUAUUUAUGCAUUUGAUUGCAUGAGCCGAAGGAGGGUUUGGAUACAUUUUUAAUCACUCAGUCACAUGACCAUGUGAAGACAUUUCCUUGAUUUCUCCCUGAUUGGUGCCAAUACUGUAAAACAGACCUUUCCACACCAUUCCAUUAACGUAAUAUAUAAUUGAAAAAUCUCUUGUUUGGAUGGGUUUGUAGUUUGGAAGAGUAGCCAUCUGGUAUUUAAGAUAUUGUUAAUUUGAUUCCAGUUUCCCCCAGUGUCACAUCAUUGUGCAAAACACUGAAUACUGACAAUAUGGAUGAGAGUUUGAGGCUCCUGCUGGGUAAAUGCGACUUUCUGGUUUUGCAGCUUUGAAGCUCUAAAUGAGUUUGAUCCAUUUACAUUUUUUGUCAUAAUUUUGAUCGAUUCAUUCCUGAAAUCAAAAGAAGUUCUGUGUGACUUAAACUAAAUAAAUUAAAUGCAUUUAACAAUGAUAAACAACUUUGAUCAGAAAAAGAGAGAUGGAUUCAGUUGUCUACAACAAUUUUAAUCAAACAUAGCUGUCAGAACUUAAAUGUUAUCAGAACAUAGUGACCAAACAGUCUCAUAUUUUACUCAAUUAGCCAAGAUAAGUUAGCACUUUCUCAACUUGUACUGAAUCAAACCUGAAAGGGUUAGUUCUAGGAAGAUUUUAAAUGACUGUGGUCUAAGCUCAGUCGCACAUAUUCAUACACCAACAUACAGACUGCUAGGGGACUCGAGGUUAAUUAUCUUGCACAUAAGUGUCAUCAUCAUGAUACGGGAGUGUAAUAUGGAGUUCAACCCACAACUUGCCAAAAGCAACACAAUAAUUUCUUCACAUAGAACAUUUGCUCUAAGGUGAUGGAAGCCAACAGCUAAUCAGAUAUGCGAUAAUUAACAGUCUGCGAUUUGUUCUGUUUGGUUCUAGUUUGUUCAGCUUAACAGCAUCUGUUUCCAUGUGGAGUUAGCUGACUCCUGUUGUAUCCAUCCACCAGACCUCAUCAGAUUUAUACAGUUUAGGGAAGAACUGAGUAAAACUGGGAUUUUGCCUCAUUUUUUGCACCAAAGGAAAGUGUGUGUCUCUGUACUUUCUAGGUUUGGAAAUGAUCCUUUUCAGCUCACGUUUAGCUGAUAUGCCAAAUCCGUCGAUGAGGCAGAAUGCUGCUGGUCAUGCAUCUCUUCAAGACCUUGGAGAGUUACAUCUGAUCAAACUGAGGUUAUUUGUUGUUUCAGCUUUUUGCUGUUUUCUGCUCAUGUGGGAUCAUUAAUAAAACUUUUUGUGGAUGCUGGAGUUAAUCAGUCAAAGCAAUCAGCUUCAUAUAAACAAAGGUGCAGUAAAUGCUUACCAAAAACUUAAA